GAAGUGAUGCUUACUAUAUUAUUUUGUGUUUGAAUUUUUGUAUUUUAAAACUUUAAAUCGACUUUCCGCACUACCAGGAAAUAUAAUUUUCUAAAUUCAUAAGAAUAAGUGUGACUUUCGGCGCAUGACAUGUCAUAUGGCCAUGUGCACCGAAAUCGAAUGCGCAGACAUUAGCUUUACCGAUGAUUAUUGCCCGUGACUAAAGUGCCACGUUUUGAACCUCAAAACCGUGAAAAAAACAAUUUCAAAUAGAAGUAGAAAAAAUAUUAUUAAACACAAAUAAUAAUCUUACUUUAAAGGUAGUGAAUCUCUGCGCAACGUUAAUUUUAAUUGGAAAAAGAAUGGGUGGGACAAAGAUGGAGCCUACAACGCAACGUUUGGUCCAGUGAUGGAUUAUACUUGGGAAUGUUUCCAAUUGUCAUGACUAAAUCGGCGCAACAGACACAAUAUUAUAAAUUUGAAAAAAUAGGCGAAAUUAUUAUUCAGUAUCGUUUUGAAAUUAAUUUAUCGUUUUUGGGAAAAUCAAAUGCACAAAUUUACUUGUGUUCAAACCGAUUAAUAAAAAGAGGAAAAUGCAUUAUUUUUAUUGUGAGUGGAUGGAAUAGGGGAGGAAGUGUUAUAAAAAAGUGUAGAAAAGGAGCAUCGCCUACCAAAUUCCGAGAUAGUUUGGAAGAAUGUGAAAUUAUUGGCAAUAAGAUCAAACAUAAACCACUGCUUUCAAUUGAUUAUUGGAGUCAAAUUUCUAUUCAAUACAUAAAUCAACAAUUAGCAGUUAUAAUCAAUGAUGAACAUUUAUUAACAUAUCAGGCAAAAUUUAAUGAAGAAUUUAAUAAUUUUACAAAAAUAUUCAUAUCUUCAAAUACCGAAGAUGCACUAUGGAAAUAUCAUGACUAUACUUAUUAUGAAGCUCGUAAGCCAAUUAAUAAUUUUAUUAAUAGUAAUUGGUUCUAUAUGGAUUCUAGUCACUUGUGUAUUUCGUUUUUUGCAAAAUUUACCAAAGAUAUUACAUUACAACUCUAUGAUGUGUCACAAGAGCUCAUCAAAACUGAAUACUAUAAGAGUGAUCAAAACACACAAUGGAAUUAUAAAACAUUUUAUUCGGACGUGUAUGAAGAUGCUGAAUAUUAUUUACGCAUUACGUUUAGUCCUAGUGAUAACAUAGCAAUUCGAAACACUGUCAGACAUUUAGACUGCAAAGGAAGUAAAACAGACAAAUUCCAGUUUUCAUCAUUAGAGUACAACUUUGAUUCAAGAAAUAUUAUCAAAUCUUCGACACAAAACCCCACAAUUUAAAAUUUCAUUUCCAAAUGAAAGUACCGAAUUUUUCUCGAGUGAUAAUCAGAAUCAUUGUAAUAAUAUAUAAUAUAUAAUAUAUAUAUAUAUAAUAUAUAUAAUAUAUAUACCCAGAAUAUCGUGUACUGAGGAAUCAUGUUACUGUUCAAUAGGAUACACCGGCAAAUAUUGUGAUAAAAAGUGCAAAAGAGGAAAAUAUGGAUGUAAUUGUGCUGGUGAAUGCGCUAAUUGCAUUUCAAACUUUUGCAGUCCUAUCAAUGGUGAAUGCUACUUUCGCUGUAAUGAUUUAAAAUAUGUUGCACCCUGGUGCACACUAAAAAAUCUACCAGUGUUAAGUGGAAUUGCAUCUACUGAAACUGAUUGUGUCACCAAUUGCACAAUUACAAUCUACGAUAAUGAAUUAAAAUAUGAUGGUGCACAAGAACCAAAAUAUUAUUACACUCGUGUAUUUGAACCAAAUGGAACUAUUACAGAAGGAGACUUAACAUCAAUUAAAAUCAAUUUAGUUAAUUUUAGUAAUUUAAUAAAAGAAUCAAAAUAUAAGUAUCAAAUAGUUCUAUGCGUAACCGAUCAAAAAUCAAACUGUUACAAUGAAGAUUUGACAACAUUUUAUUUGAAGACAACAUGCAAAGGUUUGAACAAGAGUCAAAUUUUGAUUGAGAGUUUCAGCACUCAUACGACAAUAAAUGUAACAUUUACAAGCAAUUACAACAUGUUGAUUAUCAAUGAAGCUAAUGUAAUAGCAGUAUCUCCGAGACAGAUAAAAUUGAACAAUUCGAUAACAUCACUAAAUAUAUUUACUAAUUAUACGCUUCAACUGAUUAGAAAUGACGAAAUAACACAUAGUAUAAUGUUUACCACAGAUGAAUCAGUUCCAAACAAAAUCAGAAACUUAACAACUAUUACUUCCACACCUAGUAAACUUAGUGUUGUCUGGGAAGCACCAGCACCUGACCACAUUACCUAUUAUGUGGUCACAUGGAUGUUUAUUGAUAAAACGAGGUUGUAGAAUUGCAAAUAACACAUCAAAUAUCCAAUCCAAGAAUGUGACAAAAACUGCUAUUGAAUUAGAUUAUCUACAACCAUAUUCAAUUUAUAAUAUAUCAGUAUCAGCAGUUACCAAGAAGGGCCAAGGAGACCUUGAGACUGUUAUAGGAUACACAGAUGCAACUAAGACAAUUGACAUAAACACGUUUAAUAGUAAUGUUACCACUUUAGAAACUUCGAUACAAAUAGGUUUAAUUGUUGAUUGUGAAAAUUGGAAUGGUCCAAUGUAUCUGAAUGCAUAUGCUACCUGCAAGAGUGAGUGGUGUGAUGGAGAAGAGAUGAAUAGGACUAAACCCAUGCAAUAUUAUGACUUAAUUACACUUGAUAGUUUGCUUCCAUAUACUAAUUACAAAUUGGAAGUAUAUAUAUUUUGUAAUAAACUGGAUGCAAUUAAUGAUUAUAACAAAUUUAUGUCAACUGCUGUGAUGACGUUAUCAAGUGUUCCAAAUCAAAUUCCAUUUGCGGAAGUAUAUAGUUUAUCAGAAACAAGUUUAUCAUUGAGGUGGAGUCCACCUUAUCCACCAACUGGAAUUUUGGAUUCAUAUAUAAUAAAAUAUUAUUACUCUUUAGGCACGUCCCAAACAUGUAUUAAUUCUUUGAGUGCAUGUAAAAUAUGGCCAAAUAUGUAUUGCACUACAUUAACUAAUCUUACCACAAACAAGAACUACAUAAUUUCAAUUGCUGGGCGUAAUCAAGAUAUAUCUGAAUUUGGAUUGGAUUGGAGAAUCUUAAACGAAACCACAUUAAUUGGAGACGCCAUUUCAGUGUAAACUUGAUACUCAUCAGGCAAUCCUUUCUAUACAAACAGUUAACUCAAAAUUUACUUCUACAAAGCUUACUCAACAACCGUUUUUAAGACGAAAUGUCAACGAAUCCAUAACUAUUUCAAUACCAGCUAUUGAUGAAAUGAUGAAGCAAUAAGCAAUUUGUACAUUAUUCUUCUUAUCAAUGAAUUGAACGAUACAGGUAAUUGCAGAGAAAAAUUAGCAGAUAUGCAUAAAGCACUUGUUCCAAUUAAAGAAAAACAGAGUACAUAGUUGGAUAGUUGGGCACUACAUAAAGAGGGAAUUCAAAUAAAUUGCAGAAACAAAAGUAAAUAUUAACAUAACACAAUUACCCGGAUUUAAUUGUACUGAAGAGUUUUGUGAAGUGGGUAUAUUGAUAGUCAAUGAGCUGAGGGACCAAAUAUGAGCUAAUUGGUAUUUCGUAGACCAGUGCAUAUCGAAUGAUAUCGGAUGAUCAAAUAUUCAGUUCAUUCAAUUUUCGAAUUUAUUCUUAUUUCAUUAGUAAUAAGUAGUAGUAUGCUUUCUAUAAGGGCAUGUACACGUUAAAGUAGAAAGGUAGACAAAAACCCAUCAAUAUUGUAAAAUACAAGACAUCAAUGGUAAAUUUACCCCCCAAUUAAUAUACAGUAGAAUCCCAGUAAUCCGACAAUCACUAUGCAGGGCAGCGUCGGAUUAGCAAAUUUGUCGGAUUAUAGAGUACUGCUUCAGACCCCCUACAGUCCGGAAUUUUUUAUAAAAUAGUACCUUGUAAUCCAACAAAUUUCAGAUCCAAUCACAAAAUUCUAUAUUUUAUAUAAUAUAUUAUAUUUUAUAUAUAUAUAUAUAUAUAUAUAUAUAUAUGUACUCUGAAGUACAAAUCAUACUUCAUUAUGUAUGUCAAAUAUAGUAAGACCAUGUCGGAUUACAAGGUGUACCGGAUUAGACAAGGUACGGAUUACCGCGACUCCACUGUACUCACAUAAAAUAAGAAAAUUAAGUUUACUGAAAAUAAGAAUGAGAAAUGCGUUUAGCAGAGUAUUUAGAUGCUAGCCACAUAGAUGUAAGAUUUAUUAAGGGGAAUCACUUUAAUCAAUUUUAUCAAUUUAAUCAAUUUCUAAUUUAAAGAAUCAGUCUGAGUUUCUGUUUGGUUCUGUCAGAAAUACUUUGCUCAUACAAGAAGCACCAUCUAUUAGAUGAUUGAAGUGAUUGGUGGACCA